GGCCUAUCUCUCUCUCUCCCUUAAUUAAGAGGAAAAAAAUAAGAAAAAUAGAGAUUAGUUUCAGUGAUUGAGAAAUGUCUUGGUGAGAGGCAGUGGAAGGGGAUGCUUCAACAACAAACAUUCUCUCUCUCUUCUCAGCAUAUACCUUCUACUACCUGAAGACUGAAGUACAAGUACACAUAAACACUUUCUUCCCUUUCUCUAUCUCUGGUCUCUUCUUCUUUGGGCAGCCAUGGAAGUGUGUUGGCAGAUACAGACACCUACGAGUCUCAGACCGGGUUUCCAGCAAAAGGGUCGGCUCAAAAUCAAUACUUUUAUUGGGUUUCUUCCUCGCCCCAUUUCUAGUCUUGCUUCGUUGGAGAGCCAAUACAACUCAAAUGGGUUUCUACAUCAGAUCACAGCAAGUGCAGACUUCUCAAGGAAGAAGCAAGGAAGAAUGGCAGCUUCAGGGCCCAAAAGCUCAGCUCCCAGAGGUUUUGGGAGAAGAACAACAGUAGGAAGUGCUCAGAAAAGAACUCAGAAGAAGAACGAUGAAAAAGAUAGCAAUGCAACUUCCACAGUAACUAAUGAAGGUUUAGGAGUCAGUAACUUGCCUGAAGCUAAAGCUGAUGUACAAAAACAAGCCCUUGCAGAGGAUGAUGUUUUGUUAGAACAAAAGUUAAAAGUUGAAAGAGAGAGUCUCCGUAGGAAGGAGAUAGAAGCUCUUGCAGAGGAAGCUUUGGCGAAAGGCGAUAGAAUGUUUGUGUAUCCUCUUGUGGCCAAACCUGACGAAGACAUAGAAGUGUUUCUCAACAAGACUCUAUCAACUCUGAGCAGCGAACCUGAUGUUCUGAUCAUGGGGGCAUUUAACGACUGGAGAUGGAAGUCUUUCACAAGGAGAUUGGAAAAGACAGAGGAGCUCCAUGGAGACUGGCGUUCAUGUCUCCUCCACAUCCCCAAAGAAGCUUACAAGAUGGACUUUGUGUUCUUCAACGGCCAAAGCGCUUACGACAACAAUGACUCAAAAGACUUCUGUGUAGAUGUUAAAGGAGGGAUGGAUAAAGUUGAGUUCGAGAAUUUUCUUCUUGAAGAGAAAUGGAGAGAGCAAGAGAAGCUAGCUAAGGAAGAAGCUGAGAGGGAGCGGCAAGAGGAGGAGAAGAGAAGAAUCGAAGCGAGAAAGGCUGCCAUUGAAGCUGAUAGAGAGCAAGCUAAAGUGGAGACUCAGAAGAGACGUGAGAUGCUACAACCAGCUCUUCAGAAAGCUGUUGUCUCAGAUGAGAACGUUUGUUACAUUGAGCCAAAAGAUUUCAAAGGUGGAGAUGAAGUGAAGAUCUUUUACAAUAAAAGCUCUGGUCCUCUAGGUUAUGCCAAAGAGGUUUGGAUACAUGGAGGGUUUAAUAACUGGAUUGAUGGAUUAUCUAUCGUUGAAAAGCUAAAGGCUGAUUCAAAGAGCGAAGACUGGUGGUUCGCUGAAGUCAUAGUGCCGGUCGGUGCUCUAGUCAUUGACUGGGUCUUUGCUGAUGGACCGCCUAAAGAAGCGUUUCUGUAUGACAACAAUAGUCUCCAAGACUUCCACGCACUUGUUCCUCUAAGAACUCCAGAAGAGCUUUACUGGUCAGAGGAAGAGAGCUUGAUCUUUAGGAAACUUCAGGAGGAGAGGCGGUUAAAAGAGGAAGCUAUGCGUGUCAAGAUGGAGAAAACAGCUCGCUUGAAAGCAGAAACAAAGGAAAGAACACUUAAAAAGUUUCUGCUCUCUCAGAAAGACGUGGUGUACACGGAGCCUCUAGAGAUUCAAGCGGGAAGACCUGUGACGGUUUUCUACAACCCUUCGAACACGGUUUUGAAUGGGAAGCCUGAGGUUUGGUUUAGAGGCUCUUUUAACCGUUGGACUCAUCGCUUGGGUCCUUUGCCUCCUCAGAAAAUGGAAGCAGCUGAUGAUGGAAGCUCCCACGUGAAGACUUCAGCUAAGGUCCCAUUAGAUGCUUACAUGAUGGACUUUGUUUUCUCCGAGAAAGAGGAUGGUGGAGUGUUUGAUAACAGAUAUGGUUUGGAUUACCACUUACCGGUAGUGGGAGGUAUUGCCAAGGAACCACCGUUGCACAUUGUUCAUAUAGCUGUUGAAAUGGCACCCAUUGCAAAGGUUGGAGGCUUAGGUGAUGUUGUGACUAGUCUAUCUCGUGCUGUUCAAGAACUAAACCAUAAUGUUGAUAUCAUCUUCCCAAAGUAUGAUUGCAUAAAGUACAACUUAGUGAAGGACUUGCAGUUCAACAGAAGCUAUCACUGGGGAGACACUGAAAUAAAAGUUUGGCAUGGCAAAGUGGAAGGCGUUUCUGUUUACUUCUUAGAUCCUCAGAAUGGAUUGUUCCAGAGAGGAUGUGUUUACGGUUGCGCAGAUGAUGCAGGAAGGUUUGGUUUCUUUUGUCACGCUGCUCUCGAGUUCCUUCUACAAGGAGGUUUUCAUCCAGACAUUCUUCACUGUCACGACUGGUCCAGUGCUCCAGUUUCAUGGCUGUUCAAGGAUCUUUACACGCAUUACGGUUUGAUUAAAACCCGCGUUGUCUUCACAAUCCACAACUUGGAAUUUGGAGCAGGUGCCAUUGGUAAAGCCAUGACAUUUUCAGACAAAGCCACAACGGUUUCACGGACAUAUGCCAAGGAAGUUGCUGGAAACUCUGUGAUCUCUCCACAUCUAUACAAGUUCCACGGAAUAGUAAACGGGAUUGAUCCAGAUAUAUGGGAUCCAUACAACGAUAACUUCAUUCCGGUGCCUUAUACUUCAGAGAACGUAGUAGAAGGCAAAAGAGCAGCCAAAGAAGAAUUACAAAACAGGCUUGGAAUAAAGAGCGCUGAUCUUCCUUUAGUGGGAAUCAUUACACGCUUGACUCACCAGAAAGGAAUACAUUUGAUCAAACACGCUAUUUGGCGUACCUUGGAACGCAACGGACAGGUUGUGUUGCUAGGCUCAGCUCCUGAUCCAAGGAUCCAAAAUGAUUUCGUGAACUUGGCGAAUCAGUUGCAUUCUACUCAUGGUGACCGUGCUCGGCUUGUUCUUACCUACGAUGAGCCUCUUUCCCAUUUGAUAUAUGCUGGGGCUGAUUUUAUUCUUGUACCAUCGAUAUUUGAGCCGUGUGGACUGACACAGCUCAUAGCCAUGAGAUACGGUGCUGUUCCUGUCGUAAGAAAAACUGGAGGACUCUAUGACACGGUGUUUGAUGUGGACCAUGAUAAAGAAAGGGCACAAGCUCAAGUCCUAGAACCUAAUGGCUUCAGUUUUGACGGAGCUGAUGCUCCUGGUGUGGACUAUGCUCUCAAUAGGGCGAUAUCGGCUUGGUACGAUGGAAGAGAGUGGUUUAACUCGCUGUGUAAGACGGUGAUGGAGCAAGACUGGUCAUGGAAUCGUCCUGCACUUGAGUACAUUGAGCUCUAUCAUUCUGCACGCAAGUGAAGAAGAAAAACAAAACAGGAAUGUUGUAAGAUCAAUUAUCUUUGUAUGUACAGAAAAUAAGCUAUAGAAAGUUUGAUCCUUUCUUCUCCGUGUAACAUUCCCAAAGCAUUCAUUAAAUAAUUAAAUAAACUAAGCAAAGUUUUUUUUUGGU